UUAGGUCCAAUUAUAAUCAUCAAUUGUCCUUCAAACCAGUUGAGAUACUUUUGAAAUGCUUCUGGGUUGUUGAAGUAACAAAACAUCAUCGCAGUUCCUGGGUCUUGAUAAAAUUCGGAGUGUUCCAGGUCAUGCAAUCUAGAGUAUAUUGUGUGGAUGAAUGGUCCUGUAGAAUGAUUGCUCUCCCACCAAACACGAUCAAUUUCGACCCCCGUGAUGUUUAAUUUGAUAUCGUAUUUUGAAAUGAUCCACUCAAAAAAUCCGGUUCCGCUUCCGAUACUGUAAAUUUUGCUGACUUCAAAAGAUUUGAGUACUUCUGAUAAUUCAUGCAAGGAAUUGACAUCGGGCAAUGCCCAUGUAAUGAAUUUCGAAGAGAUUUUACUGCUGUUCUCAACAAACGUAAGUAAAUUUUGCCAAUCGUUUUUCUCCAUAAAGUUUUUGAUAAUUUCGUCAUAUGUAAAAAUUUCUAGAGAAUUGUCCAUAUUUCUGUUCAGUUUGUUUUCCUUCUGCGAUUUAAUUAAAUUUGAACGUUUCAGGUUGUUUGUGUUAUAGAAUUUGAAACUAUCUUCAAAAUGAACAAAAUUGCCCUGAAAUUAGUAUCUUGUCCAGUUAACCAAGCUACACGCAAUUUUGUAAAAGCCAAAUGCAAUAUAAACUUCUUACGUAACUUGACAGCUAUUCCUUGUGGUUCGACUUGUGCAUUUUCUUUCCCGGUUCCAAAAUGCAAUUUCGAAGUUGGAAACAUGUGUGCUAAUGUAUCAGUGCUUAGUAGUCUAGCUAAGAGAUCAUUUUCUACGUCACGUGAUAUUAGAAGUCGAUCACGUGAGCCAGAGGAUACUGACGCAACUGAAUCUUACCCUAGAUCAGUUUCUUUAUCGGAAGCAGUUAAAGAGGAACUGAAAUUUGUGGGCAGUGCAACUGAAGGCUCAUUCGAGAUACCUUUUCCUCUGAAUUGGACCAUUCAGAAACUGGGAGCAAAAGUGAUCAUGACAAAAAAUAGCAAAGAUAACUCAGGAGCACAUGUGCGCGUGUCUUUCUCAGUGAACAGUGUAACGGAUCAAGAAGUGUCUGAGUCAGCUGAAAGUGACUUGAGUGACGAGGAAUCAUCUGCAGACAUAGAUCAAGCAUUCCCUUCGGAGGAGGAGGUGACGGGUGAAGCGGGAGAAGAAGAGUUUCUAGACCGUGAAGAGGGCUCAACUACGAUUCCACACGAGAUUUUGAUUGAGAUCAAGAAGAAUAACAAAAUCCUGAGCAUCGAGGCCGACAUUGACAGCGAAGGACCUGUUUUGAGAUCCUUGUCCUUCAAUAAAAGCAAAAAUACUCAAAAUACUGAUGAGUAUGAAACAUUCGAGGUCAACUUCGAGACACUCAGUCUCCCCGUGCAAGACGCCCUGUUCACUUAUCUAGAAGAGUUAGGACUCACCGAAGACUUUUUCGCCAAUCUUCUAGACUGGUCGCUGAACUACGAACAGUCAUUGUUUGUAGGCUUCCUAAAUGAAAUGAAAAACUUCUCUGAGUAGGGCGUCUAAGCUUCUUUUCUGACUGUGAAUAAAAUACAUCCUUGAUAUGAAAUUGCUGGUCAGUUUGGAAACGAAAUUUGUUCAAAGCCUUUUUUUAAAGCUGCCUGAGUUUAAGUUCACAUUA